AGAAAAGAUUGGCAUAUGCUCUUGACGAAGACAUUGCUACAAGUAUGGUUCAGCGCUCUGAAGAUGACGAUGAUACGUAUGAUUGUAAAUCAUUCACUGACGAUUACAUUUGGUACGAAAUCGAACUGAAAAAUGGUCAUCUCUUCCGUUGUAACUGUCCUGAUAAUUUAAAAUUUUGUAAGCAUAUCUUCUUAGUUAACAGAGUGGCUGAUGUUCCAUAUACUCUUCGUUUUGAUAUUGUUGUUGAUGCUGAUACUACUGGUCUUAUCCAUGAAGAACUUGCCAUAACUGGUAUCAAUUUUACAGAUACUACAAAUGAUUCUACCUCUGAUAAUGAUAUCUGCCAAGAAUUGGCAUAUUCAAUUGAUAGAUAUGACAAUUUAUGCAUAAGCGAUCUUGGAAGAAAGAAAGUGAUGUAUAGCUUACAACGCGUUAAAUUGGAAGUCAUUAACCAUGCUACCAAAGCAUCAUAUUAUAUGAUGAAAGAAGCUACCGUUAUUUCUCAAACACUUCCUGAGCGUCAAAGUAUAUUUUUUUUUAUUAACAUCCUACUAUCUUUUUACUUUUUCUAUAUAUAUAUUAUUACUAUAUUUUUAAAUACACAAUAAUCCAAUAUUUCUCUU